AUGCUCGAAAAAUUGUGCUUGUUCGCGGCGAUUCUCUCGCAACAACGAUAUUCUAUAUUCACCAAGAGACUUUCGGCAAUGUUCGUUAGAAAUCGCUCGAGAUGUUACACGGAUGUGUGGAAACCUCUGACUGAUCAGCCAUGGUCUUCCGCUUGUUAUGUAUGCGUUUUCUAUUCAUAUACGUAUUUUAAAAUAAACAUUAUCGAUACUCGCAGAAUCUCGCUAUUCUUCUCGACCACGUUUUUAUCGUGGAAUACGCCACGGACCGUGGCUCGUUUCGCGUCCAAUCCAAGUUGGCCAAACUUUCGCUACAUUCGAUAUUCUUUUAUCCAUUUGAAAUUCUUAAUCCAAAGAUUCCAACAUUUCAGUUACAAACUUGGAUCGAUCGCCGGCAUGAAUCCCAUAAAAUUACGAUUUUAUACAGAAAGAUACGAAAAAGAGAAGAAAUACCACCGGAUACAAGAAAAGUUUGUGGCCAUCGCGCGAACGAAGGCUCUGACGGGCAAGUUUUACGCGAAACACGACGUGAUCCCGGCGUCCGAGGUUCGACAAGAGUACGUCGAUCUAAUUACGAAGCGGUUCGUCUCGACCCCUAAGGACAUUUACUCGUUCCGACCACCAACCGUCAACAUGGAAUAUGGCUGGUUUUCGGAACCACUGAUACCUAGAACUAUGGAUCCGAGGCUACAGUUUCCAAGAAAAGAAACGGAUUUUAUCGCCAACGAACUUCGGAUUCGUCACGUUCAGAGAGGUCUACCGGUGGACAAGUUUAUCGGGAUACCGUUCAUAGUUUAA